CUUAAUUGUAUGUAUUCCUUACUUUGUCUUGUUCUGAACUAACCCCACAGCUGGGGUGAGACCUGGAAAACUUGAGGGAAGAAAACGUGGGGUCUCACAGAUCUAAUUAGGGGAUUCUCGUUAGCACUCACCAGAACACUGGAAGUUGGACAGAGCUAGAAUAAUAGAGAUGGAAAAGGAAAAUGGGAAGCCCCUUCAGGAUGGGACCACGGAGGAAGACUUAGCCAAAGACUUGGAGCAGAAGAUGUCUGACAAGAAGGAAGAAAAUGGAAAAGGGGAGGCCCAGUCUAAGGCCAAGAUAGAGAAUGAUGAGGAAGCCGAAUCCAAUACCAAAAAGGAGGCUGAUGAAAAAGAGGAGACUAAACCUGUAUCCCAAGGAGAGGCAGAUGGGGCAAAGGAAACUCAAUCUAACUUGAAAAAAGAGGCUGAUGGGAAAGAGGAGACCAAGUCUGAACCCAAAGAAGAGGCCAAUGAGAAAAAGGAGGCCAAAUCUGAAACCAAAAAAGAGGCUGAUGGGAAAGAGGAAGCCAAAUCUGAAACCAAAGAAGAAGGCGAUGGAAAAGAGGAGGCUAAGUCUGAACUCAAAAAAGAGGCUGAAGGGAAAGAGGAGGCUAAGUCUGAAACCAAAAAAGAGGCUGAAGGGAAAGAGGAGGCUAAAUCUAAAACCAAAAAAGAGGCUGAAGGGAAAGAGGAGGCUAAUUCUGAAACCAAAACAGAGGCUGAAGGGAAAGAGGAGGCUAAGUCUGAAACCAAAAAAGAGGCUGAAGGGAAAGAGGAGGCUAAUUCUGAAACCAAAACAGAGGCUGACAGAGAAGUGAAAUGUGACUCACUAGAGGAGGCAACAAAGGAGUCCGAGGAGAAUAAGGAGACUUCCUGCUCAGAAUUGGAGGCAGAAACCAUUUCUGACACUCAGAUUACCCAGGAGGAAGGUGAUAAUGAGGGAGCUGAGAAGGAGCAGGGAGAAGACUCAGGAGCAAUUCCUAGCUCACCAGAGUGGCCUGAGAGCCCCACUGGAGAGGACUCUAUUGGUCCAGAGAGCCCAACAGCCAGUGAGUCCUCCCUCAGCGAUGUGCCCCAGAGUCCCACAGGCCCCUCACCCUCUGAGGAGAAGAAGAAGGAGAAGCCUUCGGAACAUAGAGUUUCUGCUCCAGCUCGACCCCGGGGACCCAGGGCUCAGAACCGAAAGGCCAUCAUGGACAAAUUUGGGGGAGCAGCCACGGGUCCUGCCCCCCUUUUCCGGAACGCCAAGGCAGCCGGGGCAGCUGUGGGCAGCGUCAGGAACAUGCUGCUUGAGUGGAGUCGGGCCAUGACCAGAAACUAUGAGCACGUGGACAUUCAGAACUUCUCCUCCAGCUGGAGCAGUGGAAUGGCCUUCUGUGCCCUCAUCCACAAAUUCUUCCCCGAUGCCUUUGACUACACCACCCUUGAUCCCAAGAAGCGCCGGGAAAACUUCACCCUGGCUUUCUCUACGGCUGAGAACCUGGCUGACUGUGCGCAGCUGCUGGAAGUCGAUGACAUGGUCCGGCUGAGUGUCCCCGACUCCAAAUGUGUCUACACCUACAUCCAGGAGCUGUACCGCAGCCUGGUGCAGAAGGGACUGGUGAAAACCAAGAAGAAAUGAGGGCCUCGGACACCCCCUGCAGGUGCAGCCCAGAAGGACACCUGGAGGAUGCCCAGGGGGCUUCCUCUUGUUCUUGGGCAUCCUAAGAUCCUUAGGAAAAGACUAAAGGCCGGGGGAGGAAACUGGCAGAUGGGGCAGUGGGGUCACAGCCUGGGGCUCGGGGAACAUGCCCUCCAAGCACCCCACCCCCACCGCAGAUAAGGAACGGCCUCCCAGGCCAAACAAACUCCUGAGAACCCUCCUGCCUGUCUGCUUACCUUCUUCCAUCGCCUCUCUAGCGAUUCCAUCUCACACCAAUCUUGGGGGGUCCGCGGGACGGGUAUUAGAGCCCCCAAAUUACAGAGGAGGGGCCAAUGAGUUGCCCAAGAUCACCCGGCUAAUUUUGGGGUGGGUCUGAAAAGAAAACCCAGAUCUUUUACCUUUCAAAUUUCUGCUCUUUCAGAGAUCUUAGGCCCAUGGCAGGAACCAUCCCUUAUGGGAGCAUAGAAAGGGAACUUUUAUUAUGUAAUAUCUGUUUUCAGACAUUUCCCAGUUGUGUGACCCUGGAUAAAUCACUGAAUCCCAAUUCCCUCCCCCUCAGCCCCCCAACAAUAACUGAGAUGGGACAUGGCUGCUUUCCCAUCAACCUGAGACUUAGGCUACGUCUCUGUAGCCAAUGACAAAUGUACUCUGGAGCACUUUGCCCAUUCAUUCAUUCCAUCAAUCCUCCAUUCAUUCACUAUUCAUCUGAGAAAGAUGGAGAGUUGUCAUGGAACACAAAUUCAAGAUGAAACCAUCUUUUUUUGAGGCCAAAAAAAACUAAUGGAAGCUUGGACUGAUGGGAGCACAGCGGUCCCUCUGUACGCUCCCCUAGGCAGGCUGCGUGGGGACCGUUGUGCUCAGUUCUGGCCGCCAUAUUGUGGGGAGGACUCUGAUGAGCUGGAUUGGAUCCAGAAGAGGCGUCAGGAUGGAGAGAAGACCCUUUUAUGAAGGGUCUGUGAAAGAAAUGAGACUAUUAAGGGAGUUAAUAUCUCUCUUCGAGUAUUUGAAGGGAUCUUAUAUAGGAAAAGAGGCAGCUGGGUAGUGAAGAGGCUAGAGGAUUGAGUCUGGAGGCAGGAAGACCUGAGUUCAAAUCUUGACUCAGGAACUUAGUAGCUGUGUG